GGCAUAAUUCUUUGCCUUUAUUUUCUAUGAUUGAAUGUGACCAUUUGGAUCCAUUCUUAAAUUUCAGUUGGAGCCGUCAAUUUCAUUCAUAUUCGUAUUCAGCAGAAACAUCAAACACAUACAACUAUCCAUCUUUUUGUUCAGUUUCUGCUCCAUCUCUCAAUCUCACACAACCAACCAACCAACCAUAUCUUGCAUGUUCCAAAUUAUCUCUUCAUCCAAUCCAUUUGAUUUCACUCACAAAACAACAAAAACGGCUCAAUCGUUCAUUCACUGAUAUUUCACUGCAGCCACAUCCACCUUCACUGAACCAGGUCAACAUGGAGAUCGAUAGAGCAAUCAGAGAGUGUGACGAUCGAAGGCUUCAGACCAAGUAUAACAAUGCUACCUAUGUUAUUCAGAGAGCCUUGGCUUUGUAUUCUAUUGAGGAGGUUGCCUUCAGUUUCAAUGGUGGAAAGGAUUCUACGGUUUUGUUGCAUCUACUCAGGGCUGGCUAUUUCUUGCAUAAAGAGGGGCAAAAUAGUGCCAAUGGGGAUCUAAAAGAUUUUCCAAUUCGAACAAUAUAUUUUGAGAGUCCUUGUGCUUUCCCGGAAAUCAACUCAUUUACCUAUGAUACAGCUGCUACCUAUGGUUUGCAGAUUGACACCAUUCGCUUAGAUUUCAAGUCUGGUUUGGAGGCUUUGCUGAAGGAAAUGCCAAUUCGAGCUAUUUUCCUUGGAGUUCGAAUUGGGGACCCUACUGCGGUUGGCCAAGAACAAUUCUCCCCUAGUUCACCUGGGUGGCCACCUUUCAUGAGAGUGAAUCCCAUUUUAGAUUGGUCAUACAGAGAUGUGUGGGCCUUCCUUUUAAUUUGCAAGGUCAACUAUUGCCGCCUUUAUGAUCAAGGUUAUACUUCAAUUGGGAGCAUAUAUGACACAGUUCCCAACUCAUUAUUAUGCAUUAGCAAUUCUUCCAAUAAAUUCAAACCAGCAUAUUUGCUUGCCGAUGGAAGAUUAGAGAGGGCAGGGAGGGUUAAAAAGUUAUCUUCUUCUACUUGUGGACAACUUCCUGUUGAUAGCAAUGGCUUGACUAGCCUGGAUAUGCAUAAAAACAGCAUGCUAACAGCAUCAAUCAUUGGCGUGGGAGAUGAGAUUCUGUUUGGCAUUGUUGAGGAUCAGUUGGGACCUUAUGUAUGUAGGAAGCUGCAUUCGGUUGGUUGGUCUGUACUGCAACUUUCUGUUGCACACAACAAUAUAGAUUCUGUGGCUGAGGAAGUUGAGCGGCAGAAAUCUACUACUGAUAUGGUAUUUAUAUAUGGUGGUGUAGGUCCACUGCAUUCAGAUGUGACCUUAGCAGGCAUUGCAAAAGCUUUUGGUGUUCGUUUGGCUCCUGAUGAAGAAUUUGAAGAAUAUCUCAGGCAAACUAUUGGUGAUCAGUCCACUGGUGACCGAAAUGAGAUGGCUCAAAUCCCCGAAGGCAUAACUGAACUAUUGCAUCACGAGGAGUUGUCUGUGCCCUUGAUCAAGUGCCAAAAUGUAAUAGUUCUUAGUGCCACAAAUGUUUUGGAGCUGGAAAAGCAGUGGGACUGCUUGAUGGAAUUAACUAAAUCUAGUAACCUGCUAAAGUUGCUGGACCCGUAUGUCUCAAAGAAUGUGACAACAAAUCUAUUAGAUACUGAAGUUGCUGAACCUCUGUCAAAGCUUUGUCUUGAAUUUCCAGACCUUUAUAUUGGGUGUUACCGCAAAGCCAGAUAUGGAUCUCUCAUAGUAAGUUUCAGAGGAAAGGACCAAACUCGCAUUGAAUCAGCAAUCAAAGCAUUACAGAAGAAGUUUCAACCUGGUGCUUUCAUGGAGAUGAACUAGAAUGAUAUUCUACAUGUUGUCAACAGAAUGAAAAUCUUUUUUGGGUUGGGAUCAUGUCAUGUUAUCUACAAAUAUAAGAUCCAUUGGCAUAAAAGUGGACUAGGAAGAAAAUGAUGGAUGCUGCUGCUGCUGUCUGGGUAGAAGUAAGAACUAUUUUUUUGACUGGCUAGAAGAAACAACAAUGGUUACUAACAGGUGGCUGAAGCUUCCAUUUUAUUGUGAUAUGCAGCACUUUUAACUGCGUCAUGGGCCUUGGAUAACCAAUUGAUUAUUAUUAAAUUACUAUUAUCUACAGCACAAGUUUACAAAUAUGCAGGCAUUUUCAUUGAAAAUCCAUCAGUUAAACCAUUGAUGUUGAUUGAAUAUACUUCCUAUUAUUGACAAGAAGUAAGCCAAUUGAUGAUGAUCAUUCAAUAACGGACUUGUUCCUUUGUUAGAUUCUAAUAGAUGUUUUAGUAGUUGUUUUGA